GAGAGAUGGAUGCCCAGUCCAGGCUAUCGUAGCCCUGCUGUGUGCCCGGGCUAGGGAGUGCUGGCUGGUGCCUCUCUCCCUGCUUCUGGGGCAGCUGAGGACGGCCUCUCAGGCCCACGGGAUGGAGCCGGCAGAGGAGGCGCAGGCAGCCUCCGUGUGCAACCUGGUGGCUGUGUUCGAGACCAGCAGGACCCUAGGAGCAGUGCCCGGAGGCCAUGAGCUGGAGAACGUGCACCCCAGUCCUGACCACAGACCACAACCGUCCUCAGGACCAUGGGAGGUGCCCUGUGGUGGGGGGGCCCUGGGGUCUGGGCCCAGGACUGUCAGCGGGAGGUACCUGAGCUCUCUGAAGAAUAAGCUCUCUAGUGGGGCCUGGAGGAAGUCCCACCAGCCUGAUACCUGCCGGGAGCCUGGGAUGCAGGAGCCAGAAGAGAAGAGAGUUGUUCGGGAGCUGCUGGAGACUGAGCAAGCCUAUGUGGCACGUUUGCAUCUGCUGGACCAGGUGUUCUUCCAGGAGCUUCUGAGGGAGGCGGGCCGCAGCAAGGCCUUCCCUGAGGAUGUUGUCAGACUCAUCUUCUCCAAUAUCUCCUCCAUCUACCGCUUCCACGCGGACUUCUUCCUCCCAGAGCUGCAGCGGCGUCUGGAUGACUGGACAGCCACGCCCCGCAUCGGGGACGUGAUCCAGAAGCUGGCCCCGUUUCUGAAGAUGUACAGCGAGUACGUGAAAAACUUCCAGCGAGCCACGGAGCUGCUGGCCGCCUGGACCGACAAGUCCGCGCCCUUCCAGGAGGUGAUCGCGCGCAUCCAGCGCAGCGAGGCCUCGGGCAGCCUGACCCUGCAGCACCACAUGCUGGAGCCGGUGCAGCGGAUCCCGCGCUACGAGCUGCUGCUCAAGGAAUACGUCCAGAAGCUGCCCGCCCUGGCCCCAGACCGCGUUGAUGCGCAGAAAGCACUGGACACCAUCUUCUCGGCAGCUCAGCACUCCAACGCGGCCAUUGCUGAGAUGGAGCGGCUGCAGGGCUUGUGGGAGGUGUACCAGCGCCUGGGCCUGGAGGAUGACAUUGUGGACCCCUCCAACAACCUGCUCCGCGAGGGGCCUGUCCUCAAGAUCUCCUCCCGGCGCAGAGACCCCAUGGAGCGCUACCUUUUCUUGUUCAACAACAUGCUGCUCUACUGUGUGCCCAGGGUCCUCCAGGUGGGCGCCCACUUCCAGGUGCGGACCCGCAUAGACGUGGCUGGCAUGAAGGUGCGGGAGCUCACCGACUCGGAGUACCCGCACGCCUUCCUGGUGUCUGGGAGGCAGCGCACCCUGGAGCUGCAGGCGCGGUCCCGGGAAGAGAUGAUUUCCUGGAUGCAGGCCUGCCAGGCAGCCAUUGACCAAAUAGAAAAGAGAAAUGAAACCUUCAAGGCUGCGGUCCAGGGGCCCGAGGGAGACACACAGGAGCCUGAGCUACAGUCCGAGGAGCUGGGCCUCCGGGCACCUCAGUGGGUUCGCGACAAGAUGGUGACCAUGUGUAUGCGCUGCCAGGAGCCCUUCAACGCCCUGACCCGACGGCGCCACCACUGCCGGGCGUGUGGCUUUGUGGUAUGUGCCAGGUGCUCCGACUACCGUGCUGAGCUGAAGUAUGACGGCAACAGGCCCAAUCGAGUGUGCCUGGCCUGCUACGCGUCCCUCACCGGGAGCCUGCUCUCCGGCGACAAGAGGAGGGGCGUCCUGGAGAAAGGCGCCUCGGCGGGGCCUGACCAGAGCCUCAUGAGCAGCUUCCUGCAGCUCACUGGGGACAAGUGGGGCCGGUGCAGCCCCCGGGGCUGGUGUGUGAUCCCCCAGGACGACCCCCUCGUGCUCUAUGUCUAUGCAGCCCCUCAGGACAUGCGGGCUCACACCUCCAUCCCCUUGCUGGGCUACCAGGUGACUGUGGGGCCUCAGGGGGACCCCCGAGUCUUCCAGCUGCGACAGUCAGGCCAGCUUUACAGCUUCAAGGCAGAGUCUGAGGGGCUGCAGCGCCGCUGGGUCAGAGCCAUCGAGCGCGCCGCCAGCGGCCGGACCCCCGAGGGGCCCGGCGAAGGGGACCUCUCCGACUGA